AUGGAUUCCUCUGCUUCAAACCCAAAAACCUCUUACCAUGCUCGCUCUAACAGCUUGCCUUCCAGUCCACACCCUCUCAUUGCACAAGUCAAUGAAUAUCUAUGCAGAUUGAGGGCUUCUGAAGCUACUUCAUCAUCAUCAUCUAUGAGCCACAACAUAGUUGGCCUUCAAGAUUUGCAUGAUUGCGUGGACAAGUUGCUUCUGUUGCCACUCAGUACACAAUCUUUAGCCCAGCAGCAGCAGGAGAAAUGGGUGAACGAGCUAUUAGAUGGAUCUCUUCGGCUCUUGGAUUUGUGUAACACUGCUAAGGAUGCCUUGUUGCAAACAAAGGAAUGUACACAAGAACUUCAAUCAAUUAUGCGAAGAAGACGAGGAGAAAGUAUGCUUGGGAGUGAGGUUCGGAAAUUCUUGAACUCUAGGAAGGUGGUGAAGAAGGCCAUCAACAAGGCCUUGGGGAACUUGAAGGGUGCAAAAGACAAAUGCACCUUCUCUCCCUCCGAGGCAGAGAAUGAGGUUGUGGCCUUGUUUAGCAUCUUGAGAGAGGCGGAAGCUUUCACUGUCACCGUGUUCGAGUCUUUGCUGUCCUUUAUAUCUGGACGAAACGCACAAUCAAAGUCAUGCAGAUGGUCUUUGGUUUCCAAGCUAAUGUACAGCAAGAGGGUUGCUUGUGAGGAAGAAGAAACACAUGCAAACGAAUUCAGCAAGGUGGAUGCAGCCUUACUUUCAGUUUUCAUGACAAGUAAAUUGGAUAACAAGCAUGUUGAGAACUUGCAAAAUCAGCUCGAACACUUGGAGAUGUGCACGCAAGAUUUUGAAGAUGGACUUGAGUGCCUGUUUAGGCGUUUGAUAAAAACCAGAGUUUCUCUUCUCAACGUCCUUAACCACUAG